GGUACUGUAUGUUGUUUGUUCUUUCCCACUUACCGUAGUGUAACACAAUUCCUGUCACCUACAUGCGGUGUUUACAGGAAUAGUCAAGUAUUCUUUGUUAUGUGGUGACAGCUAUAAUCGUCCUCGAUACUUUGUUUCCAGUCGUCUCUUUAAGGUGAAAAAAUGGCAGAACACGCCCCCUCUGUUGCCCUCGAGGCUGUACUUAAAACCACCAGCGACCUACCUGAGGACUUGCCGAGAAUUAGAGGCUACGACUUCAACCAGGGACUCGAUCUCCAGGCUGUGUUGAAGUCCUACCUCACCACAGGCUUCCAGGCCAGCAGCCUUGGUUUGGCCAUCCAGGAAAUCAACCGCAUGAUCGAGAAACGCCUCGAGCCAAUUCCAGCAGAAGAAAAUGAAUGUAAAGCAUCAGGUGAUGCGCCUCGCCGACCAGGCUGCACAAUAUUCCUGGGAUACACUUCAAACCUGAUCAGUUCUGGGGUCAGGGAGAGCAUCCGAUACCUGGUAGAGCACAAAAUGGUGGACGUGAUUGUGACCACAGCAGGUGGCAUCGAGGAGGACUUGAUCAAGUGUCUGGCUCACACCUACCUCGGAGACUUCAGCCUCCCUGGCAAGGAGCUUCGCUUGAGAGGAAUCAACAGGAUUGGAAACCUACUGGUGCCCAAUGAUAACUACUGUAAAUUUGAAGACUGGCUCAUACCCAUCUUGGACCAGAUGUUGUUGGAGCAGAACACACAGGGCUCACGUUGGACACCUUCUAAAAUGAUCCACCGGCUUGGCAAGGAGAUCAAUAAUACUGACUCAGUUUAUUACUGGGCGUACAAGAAUAACAUCCCAGUCUUCAGCCCUGCGCUGACAGAUGGCUCCCUGGGUGAUAUGAUAUACUUCCACUCCUAUAAGAGCCCCGGCCUUGUGCUGGACAUCGUGGAAGAUAUACGCAGGUUGAACACCCAGGCGGUGCAUGCCAACAAAACAGGAAUGAUCAUCCUGGGCGGUGGGUUGGUCAAGCAUCAUAUAGCCAAUGCCAAUCUCAUGAGAAAUGGUGCCGAUUACAGUGUGUACGUCAACACAGGCCAGGAGUUUGACGGCUCCGACUCUGGUGCCCGACCCGACGAGGCCGUGUCCUGGGGCAAGAUCAGAACAGAUGCCAAACCUGUAAAGGUGUACGCUGAUGCCUCUUUAGUGUUCCCCCUGAUUGUGGCCGAGACGUUCGCUCUCCACGCUGACAAACUGACCGCAGGAAGGAAAAUGGAGUGAAUGGACAGAAGUAAACAGGAGCUCAGGACGUUUGUCUUAUUAAAGACACCAGUCAAACACUUUCCCCCUGCUUUACGCCAGGUAAACUUUUCCAAGCACCGCAGCAUUCCUGUGGGAAUAACUCUGCCAUGUAGAAACGAGACCACAUGAUGUCUCUUUGCUUGACACGGACAAUAUUUACUUGUUAGGACAAGUAGUUUUACUCUUAUUCAGAGGGCUGAAAUAACAUAGUCGCAUGCUGUGGCAUGCACCAAAUGCACCCUUAUCUAAACCGCAAAAUCAUGAUGGCAGAUUGUCGUAUUUUUUUAAUUUAUGGCUGAAAGGAAAAUUGACUAUUUUCAGAAGACACCAUGAGUCAUGCAAUGCUUUAUUUGACAGUGUUUUGAAUAGUAUUGCAUGCAUCCCUCGUAUCUCAAAAAUAUGUAGAUUGUUAUACUGUAUACUUACUCUGACCUUUUCAUAGUCGUUUAUUUGUUGUUGAUUUGUUUGGUGGGGUAAUAAACUAUUUAACCUUUUAUGAUUAAACUAUUUAGAUGGAUGGGCCCGGGCCUAAGGGAAAAAAAAACAUUUAAUUUAGGCCAUGUCCACAUGAAUGCAGGUAUUUUAAAAACGUUUUGGCCUCUCGUCCACACGCAAAUGAAGGUUUUUGUCUUUAAAAAAAAAAAGCGAGAGCUUUUGGAAAUUGGAGAUUUUCAAUCAAGCCAUUGCCAGUAUCAUCUCAUGGUAUCAAUCAAGUCUGGCUUCAGUGUGCGUGUAUGUGUGUGGGAUGGGUAAAUAGUACGGGUGUCACAAGACACUCAGUUCUUGAGAUGAGACGAUUCACAAGAUUGGCACUACAAGAUGAAAUUUUAACAUUACUUUUAAGAUAAGUGCAAUGAAAAAUUAUAUGACAAUAUAUUGCAGUCUAUUAAUUUAGUUUCUACUACGUUACCUUGCAUUGCUCCUCAUGAGGCUACGCUCUUCUGCACUCUGUGUAUAGUAGCGGCCCCACCUCCACCUCCACGGUGGCCUAGUGGUUAGCAUGUUGGCCACACAGUCGGGAGAUCGGCAAGAUCUGGGCUCGAAUCUCUGUUGGGCAUCUCUGUGUGGAGUUUGCAUGUUCUCCCCGUGCGUGUGUGGGUUUUCUCUGGGUACUCCGGUUUCCUCCCACAUUCCAAAAACAUGCACGUUAGGUUAAUUGCCGACUCUAAAUGGUCCAUAGGUAUGAAUGUGAGUGUGAAUCGUUGUUUGUCUAUAUGUGCCCUGCGAUUGGCUGGCGACCAGUCAAGGGUGUACCCUGCCUCUCGCCCGAAGUCAGCUGGCGUAGGCUCCAGCAUACCCGUGACCCUAGUGAGGGUAAGCGGCAUAGAAAAUGGAUGGAUGGAUGGAUCGUUCCAGGCCUAGUGCCCACGAGUUUUGUUUUUUUUUUUUUUUGUGAACAAGAAAUCUUGUCACGUUUUAAUCUCAUGAGAUCUUGUGACACCCCUAGUAAACAGAGUUUUUUGGUUUCUGUUAUAAGAAAUGUGUGGCAUUUUCUAUGUUUUUAACUCUUAUUUAACAACAGAACACUAUGUUAUGGAGCCUGUGAAUAUUCUCAAUUCAUCCAGGUCAUUGUAUUGUCAUGGUAUUCUAUCUGUCACAACUGGACUGUUCAGGUUGUCUUAGAAGACGUUUUGCCUUUCAUCCGAGCAGGCUUCAUCAGUUCACACUCAAAAGACUAAAAGGG